AUCCAGAUGGAGCCAAGUGAGGUUCCUUGAGAGCAGAGUUCUCCAGACGGGACUCACCCCAUUUUUUUUGCUAAGAGAGUGAGAUGGGCACUAUGAACGAAGAAGAGCAGUUUGUGAACAUUGAUUUGAACGAUGACAACGUCUGCAGUAUCUGUAAGCUGGGAACGGAAAAAGAGACCCUCUCCUUCUGCCACGUUUGUUUUGAGCUGAAUAUUGAGGGAGUACCCAAAUCAAAUCUCUUGCACACAAGAUCAUUAAGAGGCCAUAAAGACUGCUUUGAAAAAUACCAUUUGAUUGCAAACCAGGAUUGUUCCAGAUCUAAGCUUUCAAAAAGUACUUACGAAGAAGUUAAAGCCAUUUUGAGUAAGAAGAUAAGCAGGAUUGUACAAUAUGCACAAAAUAAGGACUUGGAUUCAGAUUCUGAAUGUUCCAAAAAUACCCAGCAUCACCUGUUUAACUUCAGACAUAAGCCAGAAAAAAAGUUACUCCCACAGUUUGACUCCCAGGUACCAAAGUAUUCUGCAAAAUGGAUAGAUGGAAGCACAGGAAGCCUCACAAACUGCACACAAAGAAUUUUGGAGCAGAGGGAAAACACAGACUUUGGGCUUCCUGAUUCAGAAUCCACGUUAUUGUGGCCUCAUGGUCCCAACCAAGCACAGCAAAAAGAAGAGACCAUCUCUGAUGCAGAGACUAAUGUCCAGACCCACCAUCCACAUUACAGCAGAGAGGAACUGAAUUCGAUGACUCUUGGUGAGGUAAAGCAACUGAAUGCAAAGCUCCGACAGCAAAUACAGGAAGUUUUUGAAGAAUUAACACACCAAGUGCAAGAAAAAGAUUCUUUGGCCUCAGAGCUCCACGUCCGCCAUGUUGCCAUCGAGCAACUUCUCAAGAACUAUGCCAAGUUACCGUGUCGGCAAGUGGGUCGAAUAGGAAUGAAGUCCCAUCUACCCAUAAACAACUAGACUUAAUGCAUAGCUCCUAUGCCCUCUCACGAGUUGGUCUACCAGACAUGCAGACUUGGAAGAUGCUGAAGAAAGUCCUGGUCCAUUAUUAUGUGACAUUAGAUAGGCCAAACUGAAAGUAGAAAUUAACAUCUUUGUCAAAUAAAGCAGAUCAUUACAC